GUGUGUGUGUCUGCGAGGCAGUCUUGUGUGCCACGCCAGCUACCUUCCCCCUGUCUGCUGUUGCUGAAGACAACAAGAGGAGUUCCUUCGAUACAUCACAAAGCCGUCUGGAAGUGUGGUCACGUUCUCACGCGCGGAUAGAAAACUCCGGUCGCUGCUGCUGCAAAGAGGUCGGAGGCCGAAGCACUGCUGUUCACGAUGGCGACCUUGGUAGGCAUGACUCGCGACGCGAAGCCCUUCUCUGAGGAAUACCACCUGGGAGAUGAGUUGGGCAAAGGGGCCUUCUCGAUUGUGAAGGUUGCGACAAGGAUUUCCGACCGCCAGAAAUCCGCGGUGAAGGUCGUGGAGCGGCGAAGCCUUGGCAAGGGUGACUUGGAGGCCCUGAGGAGCGAAGCAAGGCUUCUCGGCGAGUUGGACCACCCUAACAUCGUCAAACUCCACGGCUGGUACGAGGAGGAGAAGACACUCUACAUGGCGCUCGAGCUCUGCGAGGGCGGCGAGUUGUUCGAUCGCAUCGUGUCCAAGACCUUCUACAACGAAAAGGAGGCGAGAGACCUGGUUCGGACUCUCCUAAGGACGGUUAAGCACCUGCACGACCAGAACAUCAUCCACCGCGAUCUCAAGCCGGAAAAUUUGCUCCUCGUGGACAAGCAAGACAACGCCAACCUAAAGAUCGCUGACUUCGGCUUCGCCAAAAAGCACGACGCACGCUCGGAGGUCCUCAAAACGCAGUGCGGCACGCCAGGAUAUGUGGCGCCAGAGAUCCUCAAGUCUACGCCAUACGGCUCUCCGGUAGACAUGUGGAGCAUCGGCGUGAUCACCUACAUUCUUCUCGGGGGCUAUCCUCCAUUCCAUGAUGACAACCAGGCCCGGUUGUUCCAGAAGAUAAGGCGCGGGAAGUUCUCGUUCCACGAGCAGUACUGGGACCCCAUCAGCGACGGCGCCAAGGAUCUCAUCGCGAGGAUGUUGACGGUGGACCCUGCGAAGAGAAUUACCGCAGCGCAGGCGUUGGCGCAUCCGUGGGUGAUGAGCGAGGACGAUGAGCUGGAGACGAGCGAGUUGGGCGACAGCUUGCAGCGAAUGCGCGUGUUCAACGCAAGGAGAAAGUUCAAGUCGGCUAUCGCGACCAUCAUUAUGACCAUGCAGCUGCAAAAGUUCUUGGCGAGCCGCGACAUCGACGACGCAUACGAGAUCGGCGGGGUUCUCGGGAAGGGUGCCUACUCGGUAGUCAAGUCUGCCAAGGCCAAGAAGACCAAUGAUGAGGUUGCUGUGAAGAUCGUCAAGAGGGCUGGGUUGCCACAGGACGACGAGAAAGCCUUGAAGGACGAGAUGGCCAUCAUGCUGGAGCUAGACCAUCCCAACAUCAUCAAGCUGCUUGACUUCUUUGAGAAAAAGGACCACUUCUACAUGGUCGUGGAGAAGGUUCGGGGGGGGGAGUUGUUCGACCGCAUCGUGGAGAAGGUGGUGUACAACGAGAAGGAGGCCAGGGAUCUCGUCAGCACGCUGCUGCAGGCUGUCAAGUACUGCCACGAUAGAGGCAUUGUUCACCGAGACUUGAAGCCGGAGAACCUUUUACUCGUGAGCGAGAAGGACGACGCUCUUGUCAAGGUGGCAGAUUUCGGGUUCGCGCAAAAGUUCAUGCCGGAGAGCGGCCUGACGACGCAGUGCGGAACCCCCGGUUACGUCGCUCCCGAGAUUCUCAUGCGCAAAAAGUACGACGCGGCCGUGGACAUGUGGAGCGUGGGUGUCAUCACGUACAUUCUUCUCGGCGGCUAUCCUCCAUUCCACGACGACAACCAGGCGAGGUUGUUCGCUAAGAUCAAGAAGGGCGUGUACAGCUUCCACGAUGAGUACUGGUCCGACAUCAGCCCGGAGGCGAAAGACUUGAUCGCCAAAAUGCUCACCGUCGACCCCAACAAGCGUUUGACAGCCGACCAAGCCCUUGAGCACCCGUACCUCAAGAUUGAUACCACAGUUUUGGAGGGCAACAAUAUGGACCAGAACCUGGGACGCAUGAAGCUCUUCAACGCCCGCCGCAAGUUUAAGUCCGCCAUCCAGACGGUGAUCGUCGCGGAUCGCCUCAGGAAAUUCACCGAGGGCAUGGCUUCCAUGUCGACGGCAUGAAUAUUUAACCAAGUGUUUUUUUCGAAGUCACCGGGUAGCGGUUCGUCUCUGUCAGGAGACAAGCGAAGGAUCCCCAUCUCGGUCUUCGUGCCGAGAGUACGGAUAGAUUCGUUUCCAAGACGGACCCUUCGGUGUGUGUUAUCUUGUACUUCGUACAUCAGUUUCUCACUACACGAUUGCCGGGGGGGGUUCCGACACGCACAGGCGGGUCGUUGUUGCUGCCAUGCCCCACACCAGUGUGUGUUGAUGCGUGGCCUAGUCGUAUCUGCUUUCCUUUUUUCUGUGUACUUUAGGAGAUUGUCCACUACCACCGCUGUUUGACGCGAGUCACCCUCGAUAAAAUUGAUGUGCAGGCCUGUCUGGCAGGCUAAUCCCAUUCCGUUUUAAAAACUCGCGUGCGCCGUUGUUCCCGCACGGCAUACGUAGUUGUGGGGUUAUUUCGAUAGACCCGUGCGUCACCGUAUUGCUCUUGGAAACAGGUGACAGUGCGUAAGGUUGUUGUUGUUGUUGUUCUUGUUGUUGUUGUCUUCACAUUAAAAACCGUUCCGAUCUCUCUCU